AUGAAGCCCUCCAACGCGCGGCUGCCCAUCAUCCGCAUCGCAAAGGGCACUUUCUACCGGCGCCACCCCAACGCACUCUCGGAGCACCCCAACCCGUCGCUCUUUAGCGACUUGACCUUUGAGCUGCCCUCGAGCGCCGCCGCGCCACAGCAGCACUGGUGCAUCGUCGGCUCCUCCCUCUCCGGCAAGACGACGCUCCUGCAGGCCCUCCGCGGACGCUUCAUCUGCGACCCGCCAACGGCGCGGUCCUACCCCUACCUGUCCUCGGACGCCGUGUCGACGCGCCUCCGGAGCCCCAACCGCGCCAUCCAGUACGUGGGCUUCGACGCCGACGGCUCUGCGUCGGCCACCGCCACCUCGGCGUUCCUGUCCGCCCGCUACGAGUCGCACCGCGAAAUUACCGACUUUUCGCUGCGCGACUUCUUGCUCGGCAACACGGAGCUCAACCCGCUCGAGACGUCGCUGGACGGCACCGUCUUCCCCGCGCUGCUGGACCGCGUCGUGGCGGACCUCAAGCUGCACCACCUGCUCGAUCUUCCGGUGACGUUUCUCAGCAAUGGCCAGGGUAGACGGGCGCGCAUCGCGCGGGCGCUGCUGACGCAGCCCGAGGUGCUGUUGCUGGACGAGCCGUUCAUGGGUCUUGACCCCCCGACGGUGUCGGGGCUCAGCCCGCUGCUGCAGUCGCUCUCAGAAAAGGCGGGCCCGAGGUUGAUUCUGAGCGCGAGGCCACAGGACCCGCUGCCGGAAUGGAUCACGCACUUGAUCUACCUGCGCAGCGACUGUCAGAUUGGAUCCAUGGGCCCCAAGGGCGUUGUGCUGGAUGGGCUGCGUAGGUAUGUCCAGGGCGUGCAGGCCGGUACGUUGGCCGAAGACAAGAAGAUGCCACUGCAGACCUUGGCCGAGGUUGGCAAGGUCCUCUCCUCUACGGGCCCUUCCUCUACAGCGAACAGCAAAGGCGCCACGAUACAAGAGUCUACCUCGAACGCGGAGCCUCUGGUGGAAAUGGACGGCUGCAAAAUCAGCUACAAGGACAAGGUCGUGCUAGGAAACUGGACACAGCAGAUAGACGGCCAAGACAAGCAGGGCCUCGUGUGGACCGUCCGCCGCGGCGAGCGCUGGGGCGUCUUUGGUCCCAACGGCUCUGGAAAGACCACCAUUGUCUCCAUGCUCAGCUCCGACCACCCCCAGACAUACUCGCAGCCCGUCAAGCUCUUUGGACGCUCGCGCAUCCCCGAGCCCGGCUCCGCCCAGAGGCCGCUCACGUUUUGGGAUAUCCAAGCCCGUGUGGGACACUCGAGCCCCGAGGUGCAUCAGCACAUGCCUCGCGGGCACUCCAUCCGCGCGGUUGUGGAGAAUGCGUGGGCGCUGACAUUUGGCACAAAGGCCACGUUGGACGCAGCCUCGAAACGAAAGGUUGACGUGGCGCUGCGCUGGUUUGCGCCGGAGCUGCGACCCGUCAGCGGCGCCGGCACGACAGCCGGCCAAGAGGAUGACCUCAAGUGGGCAGACGACUACAUGUUUGGCGAAAUGUCGUUUAGUGCGCAGCGCGUGGCGCUGUUUAUCCGCUCCAUGAUCAAAGGCGCAGACAUUGUCGUCCUGGAUGAGGCGUUUAGCGGCAUGGACGAUGCCGUGCGCGACAAGUGCAGCCUGUUUCUUACCGCGGGCGAGACUAGAACCAUUGCUGACGGCAAGGUUGUGGAGAGUCAAAUUUCACAGACGGAUGACGUGGCCGUGGGCGGCUUGACGGACCAGCAGGCGCUCAUCUGUAUUGCCCACAUCAAAGAAGAAGUGCCCGACUGCGUGCGCGAAUGGAUCUGCCUGCCAGAGGCCAACACUGGUCUCCCAGCGCGAUUUGGCCGACUAGAAGGCCCAUUGAGGAGCGAUGACAGCCGAUGGCAGUCGAUCUGGGGGUUCGCAUCUGAAUAG